AAGCGACGUCCGUUGCAGUGUGACGUCAAGGCGUCGUCCCGGGCCCGCCCCUGCCAUGCGCAUUGGGCUUGUUGUUGGACUGAUUGUUAUGACUGGCCAAGGCCUCGGACUAAAUUAGGAGAGAACCCCCGUCGUCGCCCCUGGAUACCCGCCAUGGAGGGCAUGGAUAUGGACCUGGACCCGGAGCUUAUGCAGAAAUUCAGCUGCAUGGGGACCACCGACAAGGACGUCCUCAUCUCCGAGUUCCAGAGGCUGCUGGGUUUUCAGCUGAACCCGGCCGGUUGCGCCUUCUUCCUGGACAUGACCAACUGGAACCUACAAGCUGCCAUAGGAGCGUACUACGACUUUGAGAGCCCGAACAUCAAUGCCCCGUCAAUGUCAUUUGUGGAGGACGUGACGAUCGGAGAGGGGGAGUCUGUGCCCCCCGACACGCAAUUCACAAAAACGUGGAGAAUACAGAACACAGGAGCAGAGUCCUGGCCCCCGGGGGUGUGUCUGAAGUAUGUGGGCGGAGACCAGUUCGGCCAUGUGAACAUGGUAAUGGUUCGUUCGCUGGAUCCGCAGGAAGUGUCUGAAGUCAGCGUGCAGAUGCACAGCCCCACCGCGCCCGGCAUGUACCAGGGCCAGUGGCGCAUGUGCACAGCUACCGGAUUCUUCUUUGGGGACGUGAUCUGGGUGAUCCUGAGCGUGGAAGUAGGAGGCCUCCUGGGUGUGACGCAGCAGCUGUCCUCCUUCGAGACGGAAUUCAACACCCAGCCACACCGAAAGGUUGAGGGCAACUUCAACCCUUUCGCCUCGCCGCAGAAAAACAAGAACGGAGGGGAGGACGACAACAGCCUCAAGGACCCUGGGGGCCCCUGGGAGCCUGCCCCAGACCAAAUCCAGGAAGAUCAAAACGGACUGUCACACAACUCUGUAAAUAUAGCACCAAACAGUCUCCAAAACAACUUAUCACUAGUGACUUACAGUCAGGGUAUCCACGGUCCCUAUCCUUUUGGACAGUCUUAAAACACGGGUAACGCCAAGAAUAGACCCCAUCGCCGGACAGCAGCACAGGAUUAGCCGAGGGGGACCUUGGAGGUUUGUUACUGACGUUUUAGCGGGCCCCUCGUACUGAAAACAAGACGACAAAAAAAAAAGAAAAUUGGCUUUUUAUUUUAUUUAUCCUGGUCAAUACGACAACUCCAACAGCAACAAACCAACCCAACGUAUGCAUGUGUGAAUGCUAAAUUAAAAGGAGCGCUGUAUAUCGUUUUAAAAGAGGAAAUAAAUAAUACACACACCGACAAAAUGUUUAAAAAAAAAUUAAAAGAAGUUAUUGUCACAUAUAAUUAAGUAUAAUUUGAGAGAGAGAUUGAGAGAGAGAAAAAGCCAUUUAAAAAUGAUUUUGCCUAUGGAGCGAUUGUAGUUUUCAGCAGAUGUUUUACUUGUAUUGUAUGUUGUUUCAUUAUACUUUGCAUUCAGUGAUCGUGUAUACUUUAUGGGCAAGCUGUUGCGUGAAUCUUUUUUUUUUUCUUUGUUUAAACGCAACAGCUGAAUUUCGAUGAGUGGUCUAAAAUCUGGAUUCCCUGUUCCCUAGCUGCACUGCCUGCCUUUCACAUGCAUUAUUUAAUAGGACCAUGGGAAAUCAUACAUUUCACCAACAUAUACUGUUGGUAUUUUAAAAACGUGGGUGAUUUUUUUUUUUUUAAUGAAUUGGUAACAUGAAACACAAACCCUCUAUCUCCACUCUCCCAUUAAAUCAUGCUUCUAAAAACCCAAAGGGUACCUGUACUGCCAACUGACAGAAAUGCAAAGCCUAAAUGGUUUAGGUGUUGGACAUGAAGAGCUGCUUUUUUUUUCCAGUAGGGGGCGCCAUUGCAUAAAUUCAUUGCCACUAUUGGUUAGUUAGUAGUCCUUUUUUUUUGUCUUUACCUACAGCAAUCAUUACAUACCAGUAGCAUACUAUAUUAAUCUAAAAACACACCAGUCAUUUUUAAAGGGGCGAUCUGUAUGAACUGAUUUACUUCCCUCCAUUUAACCCAGUUGAAUACACUACUUUUUAGAUUCAGAGCCUUAUGGGAGUUCUGCAUUAUAACAGUUGAGGUGUGUGAGUGCUAUACAGAAGAAGCAGGUUUUGUGUAGCAGCAAACCAGACAUUGUGUGCAGUGCAGAAUUACUUUGGGGACGCGUACUGAGGCUGCUAAUGUAAGAUUAGCUUUUUUAAAAAGAGUGGUCCUUCUAACAACACUAUUGAGAGCACUACUGGCUUCACUGCUUCGGGUGUUGUUUGUUUAUCACAUGUUCCAUGAUGGCUUGUGUGGACCCUGCUCUGAUUCAAGCCGUCCUCUUUCACGCUGUGCUGUGCCACCAAGAUCCAUAGAAAUACUGCAGCAAAGAUUACUAGUAAACGGUAGCCCUUUUUUUUCUGUUUUUUUUAAAUCCAACAUUUUAUGAAAGGUGCAGCAAUGGGACCUGUGUUUUUCGUUUUUUUUUUUUUUUUUUUUUUGCACGUAUAGCUUUUGUUAAGCACUUGGAUUUGAAGUUGCACGGUUUUAUAAAGGGCGUCCGCACUAUGAAUUUCUAGGUGCACUCUUAAGGUUCAAGUGGAGAUGUGUUCAUAGGCUCCAUGUUUUAAAGGGAAAGUGUUGAAGAGAAAAUAAGCCCGCGUUUUAAGUGACCAUAAAGCCACAUUCAGCAGCUAUGAUCGGGUUUUUAUUAAACAUUUAUAUUGUUUUUCUUGAGCAUGAUACUAGAAGAGGCCGCGGUGAAGGUGUGUAAUGGAAGCCGAGUUGCAGUUUGCAGAGACGAUGGUGGGUUCAGUCAUCAGUGCCUCUCAGUUAACGCCUCUACCGCCAUGUAAACCGUCUGCAUUGGAAGAAUUGACAGGAGCUGGCAGUUUUUUCUUUUUAUUUGUUAUGCAAAUGUUGUCUUCUGUGUGCAGCUUCUGGUGACUUUCUGUUUCAAACUUGGCUCUACAUAAAAAGACUGACAGUUGUGUUAGUGGUUUGCUUUUAAUUAAAAUCUUUGGUUUGGCUGAUACUGCCAAACUCAUUUCAUUUGGGAACUGAGAUGAGCUGCAGCCCUAGACUGACUGGUUUGUUUCACACAGGCCCCAAUUGGGUAAGAUUAGUUGAAAUCGUUGUUGACUAUAAAGAUUUAGUUUUUUAUUUGUGUUAUUCUUAAGUGACUGAAACUUUUGACACCAUACAACACGAGCUCAACACACAGUCCAUGCAAGGAUCCGAUACAUUUACAAAUCCGUAGAAUCAGUACAUAAGUUCUGAACAGUAGCAUUUUGCUCUGUGCACUGUUUUACAGAGUUUGCAUCUACCUGUUCAUUUGAGAAUUCUGUUUCAUGGUGGCUCAGUAAUUGCUGCCUUUAGCUGGCAAGUAAAAUGCGUUUGAAGAUCUUAAAUGCAAUGGGGUUUGCAGAAGACACCCUGCACUGACAAAUCGUACAGACUGACCUUUUCUGUGACGUCUGGUUGGCUCCAUGGAGUGGCGUAGUUUGAGCCUAGCACUGCAGUCAACUUUGUUUUCCCCUUUUUCGCUGGAUCAGUGUUCGAAGCCAGAUUUUAAACGGAACCACAGGUGCUACAAAACUCCAAUAAAGAAAAUCUCUCAACCUGGAUGUGUUUUAUAUUUAUUGAAGUGAAGAAAGGCAUUUUUUACUGUAAGAUGUCCUGAUACUGCUUUUAAAUCAUUAUUUGCAUAUUUAAAAUGCAUGUCAGUUUAACGUUUUUUUUUUUUUGGUUUGUUUUUUAUAACUAGAGGUAUAAACUGUCUAUUGCCAACAGUCUCACAGUAAUCUUUUUAUCGAGACUGCCUGAACCGCAUCCAGUUAUUCCUGUGUAUUUGUCAUACUUUUUCAGGUGGUGAAUCAGCUUGUUGACACCUGGUUUACAUUGUUUAAAGUUGAUCAUGCUCAUCAGUCAGUUUUGCAUUCUAUUUAUUUUUCGUAACUUUAAGCUUUACCACAAACUUACUCAUCCCCUAAAGUAUACACUGUCCUGCCUUUUGUUUUAUUUUACUGUGUUCCUUGACCUUGGUUUGUAUUCUUCUUUGGGUGCGAGUGUGAGUUUUUCUGUAUUGGGCUGAGUGUAUGUUGAGCAGGGUGGCAUGAUGGGUGAGUCCUGAAGUCUGAGUAGAGUCCUAUGAUAGCACAUUUAAAAAAAACAAAUGUAAAAAAACAAAUGAAAGCUUUUUUUUUUUCCUUUAUGUAUAAAUGAACAUUUGUAUGAUUAAAUUAACACUGAAAAAAUAUAAAA